GGCGGGGGCGGGCAGCGGAGCCGCCGCGUCUGCGGGAGCCGCCGCCGCCCCGCCGGGCCGCGCCGGGCAGCGCCGGGAAGCGCAGCGGGGAGCGCUCGGGAGCAGCCGGCACCGCCGAGCGCGGCGGCAGCGAGCGGGAGGAGCCGCCGGCACCGGCAGAGCCGCGCCCCCGGGCCCCCCCCCAGCGGCCGCCCCGCCCGGCCCCGGGGGCGGCGGGCCCGGCACGGCCCGGCCAUGCUCGGCCUGGACGUGUGCGAGGCCGGCGGGCAGCUGCUGGAGCUGCUCUGGCUGGCGCUGUGCUACCGAGACAUCAUGGCUGACAAGGAGGGGGUGACGCUAUCGCUGGAGGAGGAGGAGGAGGAUGCCGACGUGGCCCUGGCGUACAAGACGCCGGAGAAGAAGAGCCUGCGGGAGAUCCAGGAGCUGGACCCAGGGGACGAGAGCCUGCGGAAGUACAAGCAGGCACUGCUGGGUGCCAUCCCUGCUGCCGUGGAUGCCAGCGUGCCCAACGUGCAGGUGACAAAGCUGACACUGAUGUGCGAGCAGGCGCCAGGGCCCAUCACCAUGGACCUGACAGGAGACCUGGAGGAGCUGAGAGGCCGGGCCUUUGUGCUGAAGGAAGGGGUGGACUACAGAGUGAAGGUGUCCUUCAAGGUGAACAGGGAGAUCGUCUGCGGGCUGCGGUGCCUGCACCUCACCUACCGCCGGGGCCGGCCCGUGGAUCGCGACGUUUUCAUGGUGGGCAGCUACGCGCCGCGGGCCGAGGAGUACGAGGUGGUGACGCCGGCGGAGGAGGCGCCGCGGGGAUGGCUGGCACGGGGCUCCUACCGCGUCCGCUCCCUCGUCACCGACGACGACAAGACGGAGCACCUCUCCUGGGAGUGGGGCCUGUGCAUAAAGAAGGCUUGGGAGGACUGAGCCCGGCCCCGCAGCCCGGCUCCCCCCGCCCGCUCGGGGACGAGGAGCCGCCGUCCCGGGGAGCCCUGGCCGGCCCCGCCGCGCUUCCCCAGUCGCGUGGAGGGUUGAGGGGGGUCCCUUAGCGAGUGAGAGCCCGUGGUCGUGGUCUUCGCAACCAAAGUUAUUUUUAAUUGCUCUUUUUUUUUAAAUAUCGACGCCCGCCUGGUCCUCACGGCGUCCCCAUCGCUGGGGCCGGGGCUGUGACCCUGCCGCGGCGGUGCCGUGUCCGGCCCCCGCCCGGUCGCAGGCUGCGCUCUUCCAUCGCCAUUAAACCCUACAGACUGGUCUCUUA